AUGGAAGCCCUGCUGCUAGCAGAGAUGCAUGGUGGUCAAAUGAUUGCCUAUGCCAUUAGCUUGAACCUUCCAGUGUUAGACUGGCGGCUCAUGUCUGCCGUUGUCCUGCUGUCCCGGGAAAGCGCAGGCAUCGCAACAUUCUCCCUGUGCGUACUGGGACUGGUGCUCAGUAAAAUCCUUUCAGCACCAGAAAAGAUUGCGGAUUCCAGCUGCUCCUCCAGCCCUUUCACUGUUGUGCCGGUGCAAUCUACCUAUAACAUCAGUCUACAUUUACUUCUCUUUGAUCUGGAAAAAGUUUUAAAACUUUUACAGACCUCUCAAGCCAAUGGACUGAAGACAGCAAACUCUUUCCAUAGCUAUGAUGCACUGAAAACUGCCAAAAGUUCCUCUGAAAAAAGACCUUUGACACUAAAAAGAAAUAAAACUGCUGGAUCAUUGUUUCAGAUGGACGGGCCAGUCCCUGAAUCAACCCCUAAAGAAAAUAUCAACCGAUUUCUCGAAGAAGGUAGUGGCAUCAAAAGGCACAAGAAGUUCAAAAGUGCCAAGAAAAACAAGAGCCAGUCUUCAGGAAAAAUAGAUGUUAACAUGGUUACUGAUACUGCGAAACUCCUACUCUCCUGUCUCAUACCUUGGGGUAUAGACAAAGAUUUGGACAAUUUCUGCAUCAGACAUUUGGACAUCCUGAAGCUUCAGGGAUCUGUCACUUUUGGAGUGAUAUCAGGCAUAGAUCACUUGUGCUUGAUGUUACCUGGGUGGAAUCAAAUAAACCAUGACAUGACUGGAGAACAUUCACAUAAUCUAUUGUCAAAGAAAGUGAUUGAACUCUCUGCAAAAUAUUCUCUCGCUGUGCAGAAACAACAAAGCAAAAAGGAACGGCUGGAGAGCUACGCAACAAAUGCAAUAGGUCUUCACAGUCUUCUACACUUCCUAAAAAAGUUAUUAUAUGUCAGUAAAUCACUGAUGAUGGAUUUAAAUUCAAAGUGUAGCAGUCGAUCUGGCAGUCAGGAGAAAAUGGAGUCUACUCGUGGCAAAUGGAAAAGCACAGAACAUUUUGCGUCCUCAUUUCCUGCUUUUUCAGACAUCUUGCAGGAUAAAAAUGGUUCCAGUUUUCCUGAUCCCGAAAAUGUUUUUGUAAUGAAAAUAGUUUCUACUUGGAAGGAUCAAUCAGUCCAGGUAAUAGAGGCAAUGCAAGCAGUUUUGCUAGUGGAACUUAGGAAAUGGAUGGACGCUUUGAGACAAACUAUAAUCACAACUCAACCAGUUUCUAUGGUGGAUUAUUGUAGCCCACAAAAACCAUCAAACAUGGAACAGUCCUACAAUUUUGAACAAUUAUUUCAGGAAACGUCACUUCAAACCCCUGAUGCCUCAUCAAAAAAUGAAAAGGCCGUAAACUUCCAAGAGCCAGAGUCCAUCAUAGAAAAGAGUGUACUGGAGGACGCAGAUAGCCCAGAUGAAAUCAAACAGAACCCUUGGAUGUCCAAAGUGUGUUACUGCAAAGUGUGUUAAAAGAACCUUUACAAUACUAACAUAGUACCCUGAAUGACAAAUAAAAAAUAUAUUAAUGCUGUAUAUACAGUAAAGUCGUAACAAAUGGAUCUUCUAUGUUUAAACUGGUGUAAAACGAGAAUAAAUAAUUAAACAAUAACACAUUAUAUUAAGUUGUCAGACACAUUUAUAAUAUAUAGAUCAGAGAAUAAGCAAAUUCAACCAUAAUGAUAACUUAAUUGUUUGUUAAUACAUUUUACCCUCAAAGGUUAUACAUAAUGAAAUACUGAAUUUUAGGAUCGCUUAUAGAUGCCCAUAAUAAAGCUAUAUUUUAGCAUUUAUAUUAUGAUGCAACACUUGCGAACCUUCACGCUUAAAAAUAAUCUUUUACCAGAUUUCACAAUAAAAGCUGCACACAUUAUUAAGCAAAUCUCUUAGCCCAAAUGUGACUGAUGUAGUUAUAUUGAAAAUCCCAACUAAACCUCCACAUAAGGCCUCUUUCACACUACCGUUUUUUUUUUCCGUUUUGCGGUCCGUUUUUUGCGUUCCGUAUACGGAACCAUUCAUUUCAAUGGUUCCGCAAAAAAACGGAAUGUGUUCCGUAUGCA